UUAUUGGUCUUUCUACCACAACUACAAGGUCAACUUUUAGCAGCUAUCUUUUCUUGUCAUAUACUUCACUUUUUUCUUCUCUUCUUCAACCCCAUUUAUCCCCACUUUACCAUUUAGGCUUCAGUUUUUAAAAAAAAAAUUGAGUCUUGAUUGUAACAACUUGGGUUCAUAGCCAAACAUCGUCAAGAAUCUUGCUUUAACUUGUCCUCUGCAUUUAGUGCUGUCUUAUUGAAGGAGAUUUUGACUUAAAAGGAAAUGAAUGGACAGCUUUGGCACAUAUAGUAACAGCAGUAAUAGGUUCUGGGGUUCUAUCAUUAGCAUGGAGUAUGGCACAGCUAGGUUGGAUUGCAGGUCCAUUGACCAUGCUCUCUUUUGCUUGUGUCACUCUUACUUCUGCAUUUCUUCUCUGCAACUGCUAUCUAUCUCCUGAUUCAGAUACUGGCCCUGAUAAUAGAAAUGCAUCUUACCUUGAUGCUGUUCUCAAUAUUUUAGGAGAAAGAAAUGUGUGGUUUUGUGGAAUCAUUGUUCGUAUAAACUUCAUAAAGGUUGCAAUAGUUUAUACAAUUACGUCCGCUAUCAGCAUUCGAGCAAUCCAGAAAUCAAACUGCUAUCAUGAUCAAGGGCAUGACGCUACCUGUCAAUAUGGAAGUACUAUAUAUAUGGUUAUAUUUGGACUAAUCCAAGUUAUAGUGUCUCAAAUUCCUGAUUUUCAGAAUAUGAAGUGGCUCUCCGUAGUUGCUGCAGUCAUGUCAUUCACAUAUUCAAUUAUCGGAUCAGCACUUGGCUUAGCCAAAGUAAUAGAAAAUGGAGAAAUCAAAGGUAGCAUUACAGGACUGCCAAGUUCUACUGCUGCUGAGAAACUAUGGUUGGUAGCUCAAGCACUUGGUGACAUUGCCUUUGCCUUUCCAUUCUCUCUUAUAUUUCUGGAGAUACAGGACACAUUAAAGGCGCCUCCUCCAGAAAAGAUCACUAUGAAGAAGGUAUCAAUAAUGGCAGUCUGUAUUACGACGUUUUUCAACCUUUGCUGUGGGGGAUUUGGUUAUGCAGCCUUUGGUAAUUCCACACCGGGAAACCUCUUGACAGGAUUCGGUUUCUAUGAACCAUAUUGGCUAGUAGAUUUUGCUAAUGCAUGUGUUGUUCUUCAUCUUGUUGGAGGAUAUCAGAUUUUCAGCCAGCCACUAUUUGCAGAUAUUGAGAGAUGGUUUGCCAGGAAAUUCCCAGAGAGCAAGUUUAUUCACAAGAAUCACACCCUGAAGCCAUUACUAAUGCUGCCACUUAAAUUGAACUUCAUGAGAUUAGCCUUCCGAACAGCAUAUGUUGCAUUAAUCACAGGGAUUGCAGUAUUAUUCCCUUACUUUAAUCAGGUUGUGGGGGUGUCUGGAGCAAUAACUUUUUGGCCUGUUGUCGUUUAUUUCCCUGUAGAGAUGUACUUAACCCAGAAAAAAACUGAAAGUUGGAAACCCAAAGCUAUAGUGCUCCGUGUGUAUACAAUGGUUUGCCUGAUAGUGAUAUUGUAUGCUUUUGUAGGGUCUAUCAGAGGAGUCAUAGUUGCUAGGUUCAGUUAAAAUAUAUUUGCUCACAUCCCUUCUCAACAGGCUUUAGAUCAGUCAGAAGAAAUGUACAUGAAUUCUUAGUAGUGUGGAAAUGUUGAUUAUGUAAACAAUGGUUUACUCUGUCUCUGUCAGUAACAAAAUAUAUAAUGAAAUGAAUUUUCGAGAGUCCA